AAAGAGUAGAAGCACCUCCACGGCGAAGUCCACGUUUGAACGAGAUGGCGAUCCAGAUGACGCAGGAGCAAUUUCAACAAUUGCUGCUGCAAAUCCAAGGAAUGGCGGCACAAGCACCAGCACCUGCACCAGCACCUGGGGCACCUCGCGCUAACCCCAGGCAUUUCACACAAUGUGUGGCAAGAUUCGAUGGCACCAGGUCGCACGCAGCAGUUGAGGAAUUCAUCACAGCGGCCACCAUAUUCAAAGAAGUGGAAGGCAUAGAAGAUGCCGAAGCACUUGCAGGUCUUCCUCUGCUUCUGAUGAAAGAAGCCAAUCAAUGGUGGAGUGGUGUAAAGAAUAACGUCGACACUUGGGAUGCCGCCAUGCAGCUAAUCCGGAACGCCUUCGCCCCUCGUCGCCCAAACUAUCGACUAUUUCUGGAAAUCUUCGGUGAACCCCAACCAGAAGGAAUGCCCACGGACAGAUAUGUGACGAUCCAACGGGACCGCCUCGCACAGAUGACACGCCAUCUUGACGAAGAAUGGCAAAUUGACGUUGUGUACGGCCUACUAAGACAUAAAAUUCGCGACAAAAUUCCGCGCAGUGAUAUUGGAUCAUUUAACGAACUUUUGAAUCGCGCGCGAGCAAUCGAAGAAAACGAAAAAGAAUCGGCCGCGGGCCCGGUAAAAUCCCAAAAAACGAAUGGGACCACGACCGUUAAAGCAAACGGCGGGAAAAAUCGCGCACGGUGUAGUUUCUGUAGAGCAUUUGGACAUGAUGUUGGUGAAUGUAGAAAACUAAAGACCAACACCACUUCCGGACCACCUUCUGCACCAAAUGCAAUAGUGCCGCGAGUGGACAUUCGGUGUUACGGAUGCCAAAGGCCGGGGGUGUUCCGACGCAAUUGUCCGGAUUGCAAUCCACCUACUGCUCCAGUAAGUGCUCCAACCACGGAUCCAACUGGAUUCUGUGCAAUAAACACAAGCAUUCAACCUCGGCGUCGGCCAACGGUUAAUAUAGAAAUCUUGGGCAUCACGGGAACCGCAUUGUUGGACACCGCCGCCGGCAAUAGUGUGGCAAGCAUAAGCCUGUAUCAACACCUCCUCCGACAAGGUUGUACUCCACGUAAAGAAAAAGUGGAAGCAACUCUUGCGGAUGGUGGAACCCGCCUGAUGGAAGUCCCCACUGUAACAACUAAUGUAAAGCUGGCAGGCAAAAUCACAAAAACCACUUUUAUCGUGCUCUCAACCUCAGAGGAUACAAAAACUUUGUUGGGAGCCGACUUUAUUGAAGACAGUGGAGUGAUCAUCGACCUAAAGCAUCAGCAGUUUUACUUCGAACAAAAUCCAAAUGAAAAGGUUGCCUUCGCUAACGAUUGCGCCACUCCCACCGAUGAAGACAUUCGUACCGUGUUCCAAGCAACAAAGGUAGAAUUUCUGUCACCCUUGGACCCCGAAUAUAUUGCUAAUGGAUACGGCCCUCCACCACCCGAUAAUUCAAGUAUGAUACCGUCCGUAAUUACUCCCGGAGGUACGUGGAACAUUUAUCAAGCUCCCGGUGGCGCCGACUACAUGCUACAAGAUGCAAACGAGAUGCUGAUGCAUUACGACCAGUAUCACGAUGAAUACCAGACCGAUCUAUUUGCGACGAUCCCUUACAAAACGGAAAUUUGUUCAUUGGAGCUUCGCCCUACAGAAGGUCAGUUUUUAACCACCACGGAGAAGCAUGAAAUCAACCGGUUAGUGAAGGAAUACAGAGACUUAUUUGCGGAAUUUGGUCCACCAACCCCAUACGCCACCCAUCGAAUUAAUACCGGUGACAGCCUCCCUGUAGCAGUACCUCCAUAUCGCCUGACAUGUGAGAAACGAAAGGUCCUCCAAAUGGAAAUAGAGCGACUCCUUCAACAGGGUAUCAUCGAAGAAUGUGAUAGUGCGUGGGCGUCUCCCGUGGUAAUGGUACCCAAAGCCAAUGGGACCAUUAGGCUAUGUGUGGAUUACCGUAAACUAAAUGCUGUAACAAAACCAGAUGUCUAUCCACUUCCUAGACUGGACGAUCUGUUACACGCAACUGGAAAGAUUGGUUGUAUUACAACGUUGGACCUACAGGCCGGCUAUUGGCAGAUCCAGGUGGAACCGGGAGAUAGGGAUAAAACAUCUUUUAUCUGCCCUUUUGGACUAUAUCGCUUCACACGGAUGCCAUUCGGUCUACGCAAUGCACCGGCUUCGUUCCAACGUUUAAUGGACAAAUUUAAAACCGGCAUUCCCGACGUUCCCAUACUGGCAUACCUGGAUGAUCUCAUUAUAAUCUCCCCCGAUGGUCAUACACAUAUUCGCCACUUGAGAAGUACUUUUGACCAGUUACGACGCUUUCAACUACGCAUAAACAGGAACAAGUGCUUGAUCGGAUGUUCGGAGGUACGAUAUCUUGGACAUCGUAUCUCUCCCUCUGGCAUCGCCCCAGAUGAAAAGAAGGUGGAAGCUAUUAAACAAAUACCACCUCCACGAAACCUGAAGCAGCUGCAGUCCUUCUUACAAACCUGCUCUUGGUUUCGCCGAUUUAUUGAUCAGUUCGCAUCCGUGGCACGUCCACUAAGUGAACUAACCAAAAAGAACGCUUCUUGGAAAUGGGGAAACGCACAAGACGAGGCAUUCACCACUUUAAAGGAAAAGUUGACAACAGCUCCUAUAUUACGAGCAGCCGAUCCAACCCAACCGUUUAUCUUACGAACCGAUAGCAGUGCUUAUGCACUCGGUGCGGCUCUUCUCCAGGGGGAGGGCCCCGACGAGAGACCCGUUGAAUACGCUAGCCGCUUGUUAACUUCAUCGGAACGCAACUAUUCAACCACGGAACGGGAAGCCCUCGCCAUCGUAUGGGCCAUUAGCAAAUUCAGAGGAUAUGUGGGGGAAAACUCAACAACCGUAAUCACCGAUCAUCAACCUCUGCGAUGGCUCAUGUCGCUAAAAACUCCUACGGGACGGCUUGCUCGAUGGGCUCUUCAGCUCCAGCCAUACAAUCUGGAAAUCGAAUAUACACCGGGAAAAGCAAAUACUAUUGCCGACUUUUUGUCACGACCAGCAACUGAAGAAUCUAGUAUGAUCUGCACAGUCCAAAUUGAUUUACCGGCUCGCUCGGACGCCGACAUUCGCAACGAACAAUUAAAGGACCCAGAAGUAAAGAAGAUUCUCGACGAAUUAAUGUCCUCAAAUCCUGAAAUCGCUCAGCCCUGGUCUUCUCGUGGAUACGUCACGAAUCGAGGUGUGUUGUACCGCUACUCCCAAGCCGAUGAUUAUGAAGAGGCCCAACUCGUAGUACCACAUCAUGAACGUCUCCAUAUUAUGAAACAACACCAUGACUCCCCUACCGGCGGCCAUUACGGCGUUGACAAAACCUACAGUAAGAUUGCCUGCCGCUAUUACUGGCCUGGUAUGAGAAGAGAUGUUUCCGACUACCUGCGCACUUGUAUUGCCUCUACCCCCUUCCAAUUGCGGAGAAAAAUGGAUUUUCAUAGUGGAAGAUACAUGCACUAG